AUGAUGGUGGACACCUUACUCCCCUCUCUCCGUGAGUGAACAAAUAAAUUUUGUUCACUCACGGAGGGGGGUUAAUUUUUUUUUUAAAACAAUUUAUAUAAAUUUUAUAGAAAAAAUUUUUUUUCGAAAUUUUAAAAAAAAAUCCUAACUUGCAAAAAUUGCGAAGCAAAUAUUAAUUUAAUUUAUAAAAUUUAUGUUUUAAAGUGAAAGCUGUUUAAAAUUAAACAGAAUUAGUUCGAGAUUUCAUUUAUAGUAAUUAUCACUUAUAUCAAUUUUUUUUCAUAAAAAUUUUUUUCUAUUAAAAAAAUUUUUGUUCACUGACGGAAUGUGGGCUUUUGGGCAAAAAUAGGGAUUUUUUUAAUGGUUUUGUUCACUCACGGAGGGGGUGAGUUAAGAAAUAAAACAGCUGAGAUUUUGAGUAAACCAAACAAUCGCGAAUUAGAAAUAGAUUUCAGAACAACUUGCUCAGCAAUUCAGACCAAUUCUUUUGAUCCACCACUAAUGCAAGCUUACCAAGAUUAUCUUAAUGCUUAUCAACAAAAGACAUCUCUUUAUAAUAUUAUAGGAAAUAAUAAAGACAACAUAACCAGUUUAAUUAUUUAUAACACUGAAACUGAAACAGAAGAAGUCAAAACUUUGCAGACUUCAGAUUUACUAGGCACAAGUACUUGCAUAACUCAACUUCCAAAUGGCAAGCUGUUCUGUUUUGGGAAUUAUUAUCGGCAUUCUGGAAUUACAAUGCUAAUUGAUACAAAUGGUGAAGUCGAAGUGCUGCCAUCUGGAACUCCUUGCCAAUUAUCAUCAUGCAUCUAUUUCGACAACAGCGUCUAUUGCUUUGGAGGAUGUACUAAUAAAUGUAUUUCAACUCUAUCUAGUAGAUUCGAUUUGGAUCUAAACCAUUGAAUUCAUUUAACUCCAAUGCAAUAUCCUGAUUUUCGGUGCAGUAGUAUAAUAUUUAAUGGAAAUAUUUUGAUUUCUAGAAUGAUAAAGAGAAAACUUUUGUUAUACUCAAUUGAUAUUGACUCUUUCUCGAUAAUUCCUCAUAAGUUUAAAUGAACUACUCAAAAGAUCCUGAUAAAUGCAGAAAGACCAUAUUUGAUUGAAUGUCCUGGAUUAAUCUAUGAAAGCGAAAUUGGAAGUUACUUGAAUUGGAGACAAAUAGGAAAAUCAGCAAUCUAAACUUAACUUAAUUAUUCGGUGUUUAAGGUGUCUAGUGCCGCAGUCCCAAAAUGGGAACUUUUAGCUAACUAGUGACGUCACAGAGCCAUCUUGGAAUCGCGGUGGUCAGCCCAACCGGCCAAGCCUUCUAUCGACGCUUCGUCCCUAGCCGCCGCACAUCUCACCCGCGCGUUGCCGUCGCUCUGCCUUGACUCAGCUCCUGCGCGUGUUCCGCCUAAGGGUCUUCUUCCCGUGGAGAAGUGCUGAGGGUUUAAAAAUCCGAAAUCUUGAAUGUACUGAGGAGCUGUUCCUUUGGUUAUCCCAAAGUUAAACAGCUAUUGCUGUGCAGAAGUUCUCGAGAGAAAACCCAACCCCAUAAAUAAAAUUCCAUGAAGGAGAGAAAAUUAGCAGAGCUAAUUUCUCUCGAACCGAAUGCCAUUUUAUUUAUAGAAAAUCAGCAAUCAAUCAAAAUUUUCAUCAAGUGGAUCGUUCAUAUAAUAAAGGAGGAAUAUGCAUCUCAUUUAUAUCUGGAUCACUUAAAGAAUAUUAUUGUUUUAAUUUAAAUCAAAAAACCUUUAUUGAUUUUGCUUACUAUAAUGAGCAUGUUUCACUUAGAAAAGUAGGCAAAAAGAUUGAAGCAAUAGAAUGAAAUAUUCAGAGUUUUAAGCUCGAUCCUUAUUUUCUGGAUGAAUGAGGUAUAAAAGGCAAUACUCUACACUGUUUAGGACAAAAUCUAGAAAAAAUCGAACUCUCUGACGAAAGAAUCAAGUUCGAUCCUUCCAACAUUGAUGCAAUAAUUUGUAAGGGCGAAGCUUUUCAUGAUUUAGAAAGAUAUCUAGAAGCAAUCGACUGCUAUGAUGAAGGAAUCAAAAUCGAUACAUACGGCGAUGCUUAUUUGUACUAUAGCAAAGGCAAAGCUUUAGAUAAAUUAAAAAGAUAUCUUGAAGCAAUCGAAUAUUAUGACAGAGCAAUCAAAAUCAAUUCAAAGAAUGCUGAAUUUUACAAUAAUAAAGGCAACGCUCUUUUUGAUUUAGAAAGAUAUCUUGAAGCAAUCGAAUGCUAUGACAAAGCAAUCAAGCUCAAUCCAAAAAAUGCUGAUUUUUACUAUAAUAAAGGCAACGCUCUUUAUGGUUUGCAAAAAUACCUAGAAGCAAUCGAAUUUUAUGAUGAAGCAAUUAAGCUCAAUCAAAGCAAUGCUGACUUUUACUAUUAUAAAGGCAAAUCUUUUUAUGGUUUGCAAAGAUACCUAGAAGCAAUCGAAUGCUAUGACGAAGCAAGCAAGUACCUUCCAUCCAAAGCUGAUAUUUAUAAUCAUAAAGGCACAGCUUUUUUUGAUUUAGAAAGAUAUCUAGAAGCAGUCGAGUGCUUUGAUAAAGCAAUCAAACUCGAUCCAAACAAUGCUGAUUUUUACUAUAAGAAAGGAUGCUCUUUAUAUAAAUUAGGAAGUUAUCCAGAAGCAGUAGAAAGGUAUGAUGAAGCAAUCAAAAUCAAUCCAAAUAAAGCCAAGUUUUAUAGUGGUAGAGGCAAUACUCUUUAUAUUUUAGAGAGAUGUCAAGAAGCAAUACAAUGCUAUGAUGAGGCAAACAAACUUGAGCCCGAUAAUCCUUUGCAUUUCUACUGCCGAGCUAAAGUAUUUAAUAAUCUUAGACAAGAAGAAGCUGCUUUGCAGGACUUUAAUAGGGCUUAUCAUUUGAAGCAAGAAAAUCAAGAAGGUGGUGCUUUCAAUAAGAAUGAAUGGAACCUUUCUGAAAAAGAUAUCAAUUUUAUUAAUGACGUAUUAGGCCGAGACCGUAUUGAACUACUCCGAAAAAUGCAGAUUUAA